GGGUGGAAUCAAAACCCGUCCCCACGUGCUCCAUCUAUAUCUCUACUCCCACCAGUCAGGCGACCACCACUGCUGGCGACGCCUUCAAGUACGAGCGAACAUCUCCUUCCAUUACUGAGCUGCGGAUCUUCAGAGGGUUCGAUUCGGCGGGCGCAAUAAAUACUCCAUGGCCGCUGCAACACGGAGGGCCGCCUCCUCCCUGGUCUCCCGCUGCCUCCUCGCCAGGGCCUCUGCCGGUGCGCCGCCCGCUGUCCCCUCUGCGCUCCGCAGGCCAGAUGGGAGUCGUGGACUGUUGCCAGGGAUCCUUCAGAGGUUUAGCACUGCAGCAGCAGCAGAGGAGCCCAUCUCGCCCCCAGUUCAAGUGAACUACACAAAGCUCCUCAUCAAUGGCAACUUUGUUGAUUCCGCAUCUGGCAAGACCUUCCCAACUCUGGACCCUCGUACCGGGGAGGUGAUUGCUCAUGUGGCUGAAGGUGACUCAGAGGACAUUAACCGUGCAGUCGAUGCUGCCCGCAAGGCGUUUGAUGAAGGGCCAUGGCCAAAGAUGACUGCCUAUGAGAGGUCUUGUGUUCUUCUGCGAUUUGCUGAUUUGAUUGAGAAGCACAAUGAUGAGAUUGCUGCUUUGGAGACAUGGGACAACGGGAAGCCUUAUGAGCAAUCUGCUCACAUUGAAGUGCCAAUGGUGGCCCGUCUUAUGCGUUACUAUGCUGGUUGGGCAGAUAAGAUCCAUGGGCUCAUUGUGCCUGCUGAUGGCCCUCACCAUGUACAGGUGCUGCAUGAGCCGAUCGGUGUCGCAGGUCAGAUCAUCCCGUGGAACUUCCCACUUUUGAUGUUUUCCUGGAAAGUUGGCCCUGCUUUGGCAUGUGGCAACACUGUUGUGCUCAAGACUGCUGAACAAACUCCUCUAUCAGCUUUGUAUAUCUCCAAGUUGUUGCACGAGGCUGGACUCCCCGAGGGUGUCCUGAAUGUGGUAUCUGGUUUUGGUCCUACUGCUGGUGCUGCUCUUGCUAGUCACAUGGAUGUUGAUAAGCUUGCAUUCACUGGAUCAACCGAUACUGGCAAAAUUGUUCUUGAGUUGGCUGCAAGGAGUAAUCUUAAGCCAGUGACACUGGAGUUAGGAGGCAAAUCGCCUUUUAUUGUCAUGGACGAUGCUAAUAUUGACCAUGCUGUUCAGCUUGCGCAUUUUGCGCUGUUCUUUAACCAGGGGCAAUGCUGCUGUGCUGGGUCUCGCACAUUUGUACAUGAGCGUGUCUAUGAUGAAUUUGUAGAGAAGUCCAAAGCUUGUGCUUUGAAUCGUGUAGUUGGCGAUCCAUUCAAGAAAGGUGUUGUACAGGGACCUCAGAUUGACAAUGAUCAAUUCAACAAGAUAUUGCGCUACAUCAGGUCAGGUGUUGACAAUGGAGCUACCCUCGUGACAGGUGGUGAUAGGUUGGGUGACAAAGGUUUCUACAUCCAGCCAACGGUUUUCUCUGAUGUGCAGGAUGACAUGAAGAUUGCUCAAGAGGAGAUAUUUGGGCCUGUUCAGUCGAUCCUCAAGUUCAAUGAUCUCAACGAGGUCAUCAAGAGGGCAAACGCAAGCCGCUACGGAUUGGCUGCUGGCGUUUUCACCAACAACUUGGACACGGCCAACACCCUGACACGCGCGCUCAAAGUUGGGACUGUCUGGGUGAACUGCUUCGACGUCUUCGACGCGGCAAUCCCCUUCGGUGGCUACAAGAUGAGCGGCAUUGGGAGGGAGAAGGGCAUCGACAGCCUGAAGAACUACCUGCAGAUCAAGGCCGUGGUCACCCCUCUGAAGAACGCCGCGUGGUUGUGAACGCGGCAUAUAUGAUCCGCUCGGCAUGGAUUGCAGAUGGCCAUUCCUUUCAACGCCUGGGAACAGUGUGAAAAUGGUAAUAGCCGGAUGCGAUAAUGAAGAAGAAGAUGAAGAACAACUCUAAUAAGCUUUUCCCUAGCCUGGGUUGUUAAUUUUUCCUAUAAGCCUUGUGGUUGGUGCCCAUCUUGUGUAAUUUUUUCCUUUUUCCCUUUUCUGGGGAGAUAAGACCGAUAUAUUGUAGCAACGGAUUUUUCUGUUCAUCAUGAAAAAGCACCUGUUCGAAGUAA